AUGCCGACUGAGUCAUUGGCUCACUUAGCCAGGGUACUCAGAGUCACUUCGGAGACAUUCGAUAUUGCGGUAGAAGCAGCUGCGGACGUGCUCCUUCGUGGUGGGAUUGUAGCACUUCCAACUGACACACUCUAUGGUGUCUCUACACUUGUACAAUACUCUGACAAGUUAUACGCACUGAAGAAACGUACGGUAGGAAAGCCUCUUGGGUUGUUCCUUGCUGAUCCGACCGAAAUUAGCCAAUGGGCUCGGCUUACUAUUUCGUCACGUCUUGUUCGUCAGCUACUUCCUGGUCCAGUAACCCUGAUUUUCAACCGAUUACCCUCACUAACAUUAAAUUUCAAUCCACAGGAGAAUAGUGUUGGUAUAAGAGUACCUGAUUCGCCCUUAGUUCGUGCUGUUUCUGCGCGUCUCGGCCAACCUCUUGCUCAAACAUCGGCAAAUACCAGUGGAUCUCUGAAGAAUCCCACAUGUGUUGAAGAUUUUUCUAGUCUACUAGAUCAAAUAGAUUUAGUGCUUGACGGAGGAGUUAUCGGAAAAUCAGGGAACGGAAACACGGGUGCGGAGGGAAGCACCGUUGUGGAUCUGACUGAGGACAACUCUUAUCGGAUCGUUCGCGAAGGAUGCGCUUUAAAACGAACGGAAGAAGUGCUCAGAGCAGCUGGAAUUCGGCCUCUUUAA